CUCGAAAAGCUUCUUUCCCAAACAUUACAAAGCUCAACUUUGAGCUGCUUGAACUGCCGCUGCUGUAGCUCCUUACGCCGCCGUAUUCCGCCGCGGUCUCCGGCAAUUCUUCCGCCUUCGUCUCCGGCACCGUAUUCCUCCGUAGUAUCCGGCAGUUCUUCGGUCGUAUUCUCCGGCAGUUCGCGUUACUCUAGUAGGUAUUGAAGAGCCAUGGAUGAUAGCUUAUAUGAUGAAUUUGGGAACUAUAUUGGUCCUGAAAUAGAGUCUGAUCAGGAAAGUGAUAGGGAAGAGGAAGACGAUGAGCUCCCCGAUAGGAGUGAUGAGGAAAGAGCUGCAUCUGACGAUGAGCAGCAGCCUGGUGCAUCAAAUGGAUGGCUUGCAACUCAAGACGACAUUGACAUGGAUAACCAAGUUGUUCUUGCUGAAGACAAGAAAUACUACCCAACAGCUGAAGAGGUUUAUGGUGAAGAAGUUGAGACUUUGGUUAUGGAUGAAGACGAACAGCCUCUUGAAAUGCCAAUAAUUAAACCAGUGAAGAAUCUCAAGUUUGAACUUGGAGUGAAGGAUUCGUCUACCUAUGUUUCUACUCAGUUUCUGUUAGGUCUGAUGUCGAACCCGUCGUUGGUUCGAAAUGUUGCUCUAGUGGGACAUAUACAUCAUGGGAAGACCUUGUUUAUGGAUAUGUUGGUGGAACAAACACACCAUAUAUCUACGUUUGAUCAGAACAGUGAGAAGCAUAUGAGGUAUACAGACACAAGAAUAGAUGAGCAAGAGAGAAGGAUAUCAAUUAAAUCUGUCCCUAUGUCGCUAGUCCUGGAAGACAGCAAUUCAAAGUCUUACCUGUGUAACAUUAUGGAUGCUCCCGGCCAUGUCAACUUCUCUGAUGAAAUGACAGCUGCAUUAAGACUUGCUGAUGGGGCUGUUUUGAUUGUUGACGCAGUCGAAGGAGUGAUGGUAAAUACAGAAAGGGCUAUUAGGCAUGCGAUUCAAGAACGUAUUCCGAUUGUUCUUGUGAUCAAUAAGGUUGACAGAUUGAUAACUGAGCUUAAGCUGCCUCCAAAGGAUGCCUACUUCAAAUUAAAGCACAUAAUUGAAUCUGUCAACAAUCAAAUUACAGCUGCCUCAUCCACAGCUGGAAAUGCACAAGUGAUUGAUCCUGCUUUGGGAAAUGUCUGCUUUGCAAGUGCAACAGCAGGAUGGUCAUUCACUCUGCAGUCAUUUGCCAAACUGUAUGUAAAGCUCCACGGAGUUGCAUUUGAUGCCAACAAGUUUGCUUCACGGCUUUGGGGGGACUUCUACUUUGAUCCUGAUACAAGAGGUUUCAAGAAGAAACCGCCUGCGAGUGGGGUCGAAAGAUCAUUUGUGCAGUUUGUCCUUGAACCUCUUUACAAAAUCUAUAGCCAAGUGAUUGGAGAGCACAAGAAGAGUGUUGAAGCAACCCUGGCAGAACUGGGCGUGACCCUAAGCAAUGCAGCUUAUCGUCUAAAUGUAAGGCCUCUGCUGAGGCUGGCUUGCAGUGCCGUUUUUGGAACUGCCACUGGGUUUACUGACAUGUUGGUUCAUCACAUUCCAUCUGCUAAAGCUGCUGCAGCUAGGAAAGUGGAACACAUAUACACGGGUCCAAAGGAUUCAGUAAUUUACAAAGCAAUGGAAAAUUGUGAUUCCACUGGCCCUUUGAUGGUUAAUGUGACGAAGCUAUAUCCGAAACCAGAUUGUAGUGUUUUUGAUGCUUUUGGUAGGGUUUACAGCGGCGAAAUAAUGACAGGGCAGACAGUACGCGUUUUGGGUGAGGGCUAUUCACCUGAUGAUGAAGAAGAUAUGACUGUCAAAGAAGUUACAAAACUGUGGGUAUAUCAAGCUAGAUACAGGAUACCCAUAAGUAAGGCUCCUCCAGGUGCCUGGGUUCUGAUAGAAGGAGUGGAUGCUUCAAUCAUGAAAACUGCUACUCUUUGUAAUUUGGAAUUUGACGAGGAUGUGUUCAUAUUUCGCCCUCUUCAGUUCAAUACUCUUCCAGUGGUGAAGACGGCAACUGAGCCUUUGAAUCCUAGUGAAUUGCCCAAAAUGGUGGAGGGGCUUAGGAAAAUCAGCAAGAGUUAUCCUCUUGCGAUCACAAAGGUUGAAGAGUCCGGUGAACACACAAUAUUAGGUACUGGCGAAUUGUACCUAGAUUCCAUAAUGAAGGACCUUAGGGAGCUUUACUCCGAAGUGGAAGUGAAGGUGGCUGAUCCAGUUGUAUCAUUCUGUGAAACUGUGGUGGAGUCUUCUUCAAUGAAAUGUUUUGCUGAAACACCUAACAAGAAAAAUAAAAUCACCAUGAUUGCUGAACCACUGGAGAGAGGACUUGCUGAGGACAUCGAGAAUGGUAUCGUCAGCAUAGAUUGGCCUAGAAAGAGACUAGGUGAUUUUUUCCAAACCAAAUACGACUGGGAUCUGCUUGCUGCACGGUCUAUUUGGGCAUUUGGACCCGAUAAACAGGGGCCUAACAUCUUAUUGGAUGAUACCCUCUCAACCGAAGUGGACAAAAGUUUGUUGAAUGCAGUUAAAGAUUCUAUUGUUCAGGGGUUUCAAUGGGGAGCUCGAGAAGGACCCCUCUGCGAUGAGCCCAUUAGAAAUGUUAAAUUCAAGAUAGUGGAUGCAAAGAUUGCACCGGAGCCAUUGCAUCGUGGAACGGGUCAGAUUAUUCCAACUGCACGACGUGUAGCCUACUCUGCUUUCCUUAUGGCAACACCCAGACUUAUGGAACCUGUGUAUUAUGUGGAGAUCCAAACACCCAUGGAUUGUCUCUCUGCUAUAUACACCGUCUUGUCUCGCAGGCGUGGACAUGUUACUGCUGAUGUUCCUCAACCUGGGACCCCUGCCUACAUUGUCAAGGCAUUUUUACCCAUUAUUGAGUCCUUUGGUUUUGAAACGGACUUGAGGUAUCACACCCAAGGGCAGGCGUUUUGUCUUUCAGUGUUUGAUCAUUGGGCUAUUGUCCCUGGGGAUCCUCUUGACAAGAGCAUUGUCCUGCGACCACUGGAGCCUGCCCCAAUUCAGCAUCUGGCUCGUGAGUUCAUGGUCAAGACAAGGCGUAGAAAGGGAAUGAGUGAAGACGUGAGCAUCAACAAGUUUUUUGACGAGGCUAUGAUGGUGGAGCUUGCGCAACAGGAUGCUGAUCUUCACCUGCAGAUGAUGUAGAUAUAAGUUGAGAUGGUUCUGUGUUUGCACUUAGGCGUAUUCCUUUGUAAGUCCUGUUGUCAACAGCCUUUUGAAAGGUAUUAGAUCAUUGAUCCUCCUUGAACCACUAUGUGGCACUAGUCCAGAUCAUGAAUGUUUCUUACCUCAUUCACCUCCUUGAGCUCGUCCAUUUGUUGGGUGAUCCCUUGCUAUCAUUCCGAGUGUUUUGAGUCGGUUUCUUCUAUCAAAGAGUAGAUUCUGGCAUUGAGAAUGUGUUUCAGUAUGCUCAAGUGUUCCAAGUGUAGUUAAUGAAUGUGCGUCAGUUCAAAUUCUUACUUUAUCCUCGUUUUGCAUCUUCUUUGGAUUCUAUAUAAACUUACUAAAGCUUGA